AUGGCCCUGGGUGUGCCCAUGGUGCGGCCCAUCAUCGGCACAAACACCUACCAACGGGUGCAGCAGACUCUGGACGCCCGCGCUGCAGGGUAUGUGGGACCCCCAGGACCUGCCUUUGUGGCUCCAGUGCGGGCCCCUCCUCCUUUGAUGCGACCAGCCUUCGUUCCACACAUACUGCAGAGGCCUGGUACGCGGCUGCCCAUGGCUCCUCCCAUGCCUCGUCCUCCUCCUCCUCCCCCCAUGAUGGCACCUCCUCCUCUGCAGGGCCAGCCUCAGGUGUCCCAGCCCCUGCAGCACAUGGCCGUCAGCGUGGGGGUGGGGGAAAUGAUGGCCCCUGUGACGGAGCCCAGUGGGCCUCCGGUGACCCCCAGCAGCACCCCUGUGAUCCAGGCAGCUCCCACAGUCUACUCUGCUCCUCCUGCCACCAUCACACAACCAGAGCGCAACCAGAGGCAGGCGCGCAUGGAGGAGCUGGCAGCUCGUGUGGCGGAGCAGCAGGCUGCUGUGAUUGCAGCAGGACUAUUGCACAAGAAGGAAGCAGAGGAGACCAUGAGAGCGAAGAAACCAGAGCCCACACCAUCGUACGAGGUGGAGAGCGUCACUGAGGACAAGAAGAAAUCCAAAGGAGACAAGAUGAAGAAGUGCAUCCGCACGGCCGCAGGGACGUCCUGGGAGGACGCCUCGCUGCUGGAGUGGGAGUCAGACGACUUCCGGAUCUUCUGUGGAGACCUGGGCAACGAGGUGAACGACGACAUCCUGGCCAGAGCCUUCAGCAGAUACCCCUCCUUCCUCAAAGCAAAGGUGGUUCGGGACAAACGCACAGGAAAGACAAAGGGCUAUGGGUUUGUGAGCUUCAAAGACCCCAACGACUACGUGAGAGCCAUGAGGGAGAUGAACGGGAAGUACGUGGGAUCCAGACCCAUCAAACUGAGGAAAAGCAUGUGGAAGGACCGGAACAUGGAGGUGGUGCGUAAGAAGCAGAAAGAGAAGAAGAAGCUGGGGCUGCGGUGA